UUCUUUGGGAGUGGUAAUGCGCCGAACCAAUCUACAACGUUCUUGUGAUCAUUGACACCGGCCAUUGGUCUAUCCUUUGUCAACCAAUCAUCGAAAAACCAGUGAGGAUAUCCAAUUGUAAGAAUAUGGAGCACGCUCAGAUCCAGAGCUCGGAGGGUCCGCAGAUGGUGACCCUCAACGGGCAGCAGAUGCAGGUGCUGCAGAUGAGUAACUCGCCACACAUGGUGCAGGGGCCCAAUGGACAGCAGAUCGUCGUGCACACUAUACAGCCAAACGCACAAGCUAUACAGGUAGCGACACCUAACGGUCAGCAAAUACAACAACUUCAAGUGUUGCCAAUGUCCAGUUUACAAGGUGCAGGUAACAACCUGCAGCCGAUGCAACUAGUGCAGACGGCGGAUGGUCAGACUUUCAUAUACCAGCCGGCCAGCGCACCUCAGCCUGCCAUUGACCAGCAUCAGAUAAUACACCAACCGGUGAUAAAUCUGAACGGAAAUCUGGUACAGCUAGCGGGUCUGGGCGGCGCAGUGCCACAACAGCAACUGCUCAACCAGUCGAACAUAGUCAUGAUGGUGAACGGUUCUGGUGGUGGGACGUCGAGUGGGGCGGAGUCCUGCGGGGGCGCGGGCUCGGAUGAGGAGCCGCUGUUGUAUGUGAACGCGCGCCAGUACCAGCGCAUACUGAAGCGUCGCGCCGCACGAGCGCGCCUGCACGACCUCGGCAAGAUACCUAAAGAACGUCCGAAAUACCUGCACGAAUCACGACACCGGCACGCCAUGAACAGAAUACGUGGUGAAGGUGGACGCUUCCAUUCAGGCAGCAGAAAGAACCGCGCUGGAAACUCCGAACAGGGUGCGGUGGACCCUCACAAACUGCUGGAGGACAUCAAGCCUGACACUGUUUCCAUUACUAUCAUACAGGAAGAAGAAACUCAAGAGCACCAGCCGACACAAUGGAGGAGGCUCGCUCCGCAGCCCAUGCCCUCCACGUAGCACAUCAGUGUUAAAGUGGAACACGAUGACUGCACUUAGUGCCAACUAAGUGAGGAUUUCUCCACUCAGUGUGGAUUUGUGCAAAUAGUGUAAAUUUGUUCACUAAUUGUGGACUUGUGCAUAUAGUGUGGACCUGUGAACCUUAUUGGAACUUGUCCACUUUAUGUGAACCUUGAGUAUUGAGUUGUCAACUAGAGUGAUAGUUUACGGAUAUAUGAUAGUACGGGACUAGAGAAGUGUGCAAAUUAGUUAAUGUGAUUUUGACAUAACUAUUAGUUUACACUGUGAAAAUACUUGUAUAAAAACUUAUUCAACUUCAAUUGUAUUUAAAAAAAGAGAUGGCAACAUUUUGAGUACAAGUGUUACAGCGGUGGAAUUUCAUAGUUUUGUUAAUAUGUGAUUGUGUUAUGUGAAAGGAUUUCAAUACCAAAUCAAUUCCUACAAUAUGGUAAGUUUGUCUUUCAUUACCUUAUGAUGUAUAAAUAUUAAGUUAUUUCU